AUGGUGGACGUAGACGGCGGUCGUGCUUGCUUUCUUUGCAUCUCAACGGACGGGCGGAGGCCGCUGCUGGACCCCGGCAUGACAUUGAGGUCGAUGAUGGAUGAGGGAAGCAGGGUGGACAACGCGAUCACGCCAACAUCUGCGAGGGGCACUCAACUUCUUGGAGUAUCCCGUGCACGGGAGGGUGCGCUGGUGAUGCAAGGGGAAGGUCGGCAUACUCGCCCCUCUGCCGUCCUCAACCGCGAGAAAAAGAGACAUGUCCAACAUCAAAGGGCGCUCAUGGUUGGUUACGUAGGGCGCUCCGAUCCGAUCCAUGUCCAGGCGGCGGCAAUGGAGCCCGCGGAGCUAGCCAAGAUCAUCUUCUCCAGGGUGCAGGAGGUGGAGCCCGACAACGUCAGCAAGAUCGUCGGCUGCAUCCUGCUGCGGGAGCCCGACGAGGAUGAGCUCGUGUACACGGACGGGUUCGCCGUGGACCACCACAUUCACGGCGGGGCCACGCCGGGCUCGCUCGAGAGCCUGGAGAUAGAGAUCACGGAGCUGCUCCACUCCCGGCGCGGGCAGCCGGUGUCCAUCGCGUCGCUGCCCACGCUCUACGGCGAGAAGUACGGCAAGGGGCUCCAGGCCGACGGCUACCUGACCGAGAGCCAGCGGCACGGCAAGGCCGGCUUCAGCCUCACCAAGCUGCUCUCCCGCCUCAACAAGAUCAGGGUCAUCGAAAGGCCGCACGGGCAGCACUCGGUGGUUCUCGCCGAGGACGCCGCCAAGUACUCCGACUGCCGGAGCGACAGGGGAGGGGAGAUCACGGCCAGCUCGCACCAGAUAUACCUGACGUUUCCUUCCGACAGCAACUUCACCGAGGACGACGUCGCAAAUUAUUUUGGGCAGUACGGGCCGGUGCGUGACGUUCGGAUCCCAUGCCAAGACCAGCGAAUGUUCGGGUUCGUCAGCUUCCAGAACCCGGAGACUGUGACGGCCCUUCUCAUGCGCCGCAACCCGCAUUUCAUCUGCGGAUCACGGGUCCUCGCCAAAGCAUACAGAGAGAAGACUAAAUGCAUCAAUGAGAGGACCAACAACAACAAGUCGACGACGCAUUGCUAUCCUUCACGCUGGAUCGAGACAGAUCCAGAGUUCUAUCCAGACCAGUAUGAUUCUCCAAGGCUGGAGAGGAGGCAACUGGCGCGCGACAGGCAGCAGCUGCUGGAGCUCGAGAGGAGGCACCUGGCCGGGCUCCGGGUAGUAGAGCCGCAGUGCGCCGCCUACUUCGACUGUAGCAUCGGGGACGUCACUCCUUUCAGCUCCCAGUCCCAAUCCCAGUCCGCAGGUUCCAAGGAAGUGGGUCGGACGAUGGAUCCCCUAGCCGCGGCUGAUCAACUUGAUGAUAUCGUCUCAACCAGCCAGAGCCAGGCCCCUCCCAUACAUGCAAACAACAGCUACGAUGACCAAGAGAGCAACCAGAUUGAACUCCUCCCGGAGAGCCCAUUCGCAUCGUCGGCGCCUACUGGCAACGGCAUAUGA